UGAUCCUUAGCAAAGUGGGGGCCGUCUCAAAUGGGAAUCUUUGUUACCAACACAGUAGGUGAAUUCGGCCUCUCCUACGCAAGAGCGAAGGUGGCGUGUUGGGAAUAGUGUUGGUCAGUCUAUCAUUAGUGCUGACCGCUUUUCAGUCAGCCCCCACGCCCUUCAUUUAAAGCACUCACCCAAACCGCUUCUGGUUUUUCUUGAGACCCAGAACAACCCCUCAUCAUGGAAUCCUUCGGUGAAGAGCUCCUUGCACUCCCGGAAUACCAGGUUAUCAAUGAACUGGUCCAAAACACUGAUGUCUCUCCCGCUGAGGCAGUCCAACGUCUUCUGCGGGCGCGCGAGGUUCUACAUCGGGAUAGACCGGAAUCCGAAUCCCCGGCUAGCAUCGAUGGCAACCACACAUGGAAUGCAAUGUUCACAGUCGUGGAACUUGCGAAUAUAGUUUCAGUAUCCCAGCGACAGAAGCUUGUCGACUUCAUUGCUGAGCUCCAACGUAUUGACCUCACCGAUCCUGCUACUGGUUUGGCGCCCACGGCGAUCGACCUGAAACUAUGGACUGAGCUUCCAUACCUCGAACUAUACUUGGCUGAUAUGUAUGGCUUCCGAUUCAAACCUGAAUAUGCCCAGCAGGUCGAUGAGGAUCCCCAACAGGAGUAUCCUCCAAGCAAACUUCAGGAGUGGGAAAAUCGGAACGCGUUUAUGGCGCAGAUUACCGCGAAGGCGGAUCAUCUGGUCCAUCCCAUGGACGUAUCUCUGUACGCCCUUUACUCAUGCCGAUCGGCAUUCGAGAGAGGGCCGCUGAUAGAAGAGGCUGUGCGCACUGCAUGUAUCUGGUAUAUCCAUGCGGGCCAGCGUGUGUGGGAGAAUUGCCAAAUCGAACGGGUAUAUGGGGAUGAUGAUGACCCACCUCCGCGUCGGCGCUUUAACAUGGAAAAAUGGCGCCUUUGGAAAGACGGAUUGAAGGCAGCGCAGCUGGAGUUCCCUAGAGAAAGUACGCAGGAGAUGAUACGGACGGCGUUGGAAGAGAUCGCAAAAGCGGAACGCGGGGAGUGACGACGGAGAGAAGAGACUUGUUCGCUGCAGGAAUU